AUCUUUAAACACCUGACACUCACACUUAUAUAGUCUCGUCAUAUACAACGUUUAAACUGUGCAAAAAUGCUAAAGUUUUGUUCUCUUAUUAUACUGUCUGUGUUGACAUACAAAGUAUAUGCUGAUGUAAAGUCAUGCACGUUUACCGAUACAAAAGCAGGGAAAACAUAUGAUUUUUCUUCUUUAAUCAGCCCGGCAGGUUACUAUAAAUUUAGUCAACAGAUAUGGAGUGUUAAUGGGUUCAGCUUAGACUCUUUAGUGGCUGACACACAAGUCAAUGUGACAUUCUAUCUUCAAGUGUGUAGGAACAUCGUGAUCCCUCCAACGGGCUGCACUGACGUUGGCGCAAUAUACGCUGUUACUCCCGAUGGAAAAUGCCAGUCGUGGGGAAAUGCUAAUGUGUCUGUCUUCGACCCCAACCCAUAUCAAGAUGGUGUGAAUCUGAAGAUGUACCAUGGUACCGCGAUUGACCAUCUCUCAAACAAUGCUGGUACUAUCUACUUUGUGUGUAAUCAAGACAAAAAGAAUAUGAGGGCCGACAUGCCAACGUUCGAGCACGUGAAGGCUGCCAUCAACCAAGCUCAUUUUAAAAUAUUUACUAAGCUGGCUUGUUGAUUGUUUUUGUUGAAAAUGGAAUAUACAUUAUAAUGUUGUUAUUGAUGAUGCUAAUAGAAUAAAAGUUGUACAAACGUU